AUGGAAUGGUAUGAGCUGGCUUCUGGUGAAAGUUACUUCCGUCAAGGUGAUCUUGGACGGGCUUUAAAAAAAAUUCUGGCUGUGGAGAAGCACUAUGAUGAUAUCACUAAAGACCAAUUUGACUUCCAUUCUUAUUGUUUGAGGAAAAUGACUUUACGUACAUAUGUUGAAAUGCUUAAAUUUCAAGAUCGAUUGCAUUCACAUCCAUAUUUUCAUAAAGCAGCAGUUGGUGCAAUUAGAUGCUAUAUAAAGUUGUAUGAUUCCCCUCCAAAGUCAACCACUGAGGAAGACGAUGAAAUGUCCAAGUUGCCUCCUUCUCAGAAAAAGAAAAUGAGGCAAAAAUUGAGAAAAGCAGAGGCUCGAGAUAAGAAAGUAAUGUUUCUGACUUUUGAGGCUAAAGGUAAAAAUGAAGAAUCCAAUGCUAAUAGUGUCUCAAAGACUGGGAAACGAAAUGUGAAACCUGUUGAUUGUCAGAUUCCUGAAUUGUGUUUUGUAGAAGAUCCACUUUUAGAAGCUACAAAGUACUUGAAUUUGCUUCAAAAGAACUCCCCUGAUUCGUUAUAA